UGCGCACGUCUGAUCCCUAAUGUCUCCUGAACCACGUUAGGAGGGACCUGGGUUCGAGUUUAUCACCAACUUACUACAUGACCUGGGCUGGUCCCCACUUGGAAUCUGUUUUUCCAUUUCUGCAGUGAAGACGCAGGCUGAUGAUUUAGAAGGAUGCUUCUUACUCUGAGACCACGUCUUGGAUUCUAGAUAUCCACGUGACGUUGGAGCAGGCUGUCCAGGACAUGGGAAUCUGAAGUGCCUAGGGCUCUGGACCCGGCUGUCUGCUCAGCCUAAUUCAUCUCUGUUUGAGACUUGGGAGUGACCCCCAGGCUCCCUGGACGCGCCUGGCUUGGCACCUACUCCUCCUGCUCCCUGCACUCAGAGAGGAUUUGUGUGCUCCCACAGGGCACCAGGGCCUGGAGGGAGCCAGGGAGCCUUACCCCUUGUGCCAGACUCAGAGGCGGCCAUGGGGGCCUGUGUCGUGAUGACCGAUAUCAACAUCUCGUCUGGCCUUGACAGCAACACCACGGGCAUCACAGCCUUCUCCAUGCCCGGCUGGCAGCUGGCACUGUGGACCGCAGCCUACCUGGCCCUGGUGCUGGUGGCUGUGAUGGGCAAUGCCACAGUCAUCUGGAUCAUUCUGGCCCAUCAGAGGAUGCGCACGGUGACCAACUACUUCAUCGUCAACCUGGCCCUGGCCGACCUCUGCAUGGCUGCCUUCAACGCUGCCUUCAACUUCGUCUAUGCCAGCCACAACAUCUGGUACUUUGGCCGUGCCUUCUGCUACUUCCAGAACCUCUUCCCCAUCACAGCCAUGUUCGUCAGUAUCUACUCCAUGACUGCCAUUGCUGCUGACAGGUACAUGGCCAUCGUCCACCCCUUCCAGCCCCGGCUCUCAGCUCCUGGCACCAGGGCGGUCAUUGCUGGCAUCUGGCUGGUGGCCCUGGCCCUCGCCUUCCCCCAGUGCUUCUACUCCACCAUCACCAUGGAUGAGGGCGCCACCAAGUGCGUGGUGGCCUGGCCUGAAGACAGCGGUGGCAAGAUGCUCCUUUUGUACCACCUCGUAGUGAUCGCCCUCAUUUACUUCCUGCCUCUUGUGGUGAUGUUCGUCGCCUACAGUGUCAUCGGACUCACGCUCUGGAGACGCUCUGUCCCGGGGCACCAGGCUCAUGGUGCCAACUUGCGCCACCUGCAGGCCAAGAAGAAGUUUGUGAAGACCAUGGUGCUGGUGGUGGUGACGUUUGCCAUCUGCUGGCUGCCCUACCACCUCUACUUCAUCCUGGGCACCUUCCAGGAGGACAUCUACUGCCACAAGUUCAUCCAGCAGGUCUACCUGGCACUCUUCUGGCUAGCCAUGAGCUCCACCAUGUACAAUCCCAUCAUCUACUGCUGCCUCAACCACAGGUUUCGCUCUGGAUUCCGGCUUGCUUUCCGUUGCUGUCCGUGGGUCACGCCAACCGAGGAGGACAAGAUGGAGCUGACCUACACUCCAUCCCUCUCCACGAGGGUCAACAGGUGUCACACUAAAGAGAUCUUUUUCAUGUUUGGGGAUGUGGCCCCCUCUGAGGCUGUCAACGGGCAGGCUGAAAGCCCCCAGGCUGGAAUGUCUACUGAACCCUAGAGCCUAGUGCCUGGCUGCAGGGAGAGGCUCUGCACCCUUGAGAAGUAGCCAGUCGAAAGGACCACAUCUGAAAGUUUGGCCCGUGCCUCACCCUUCAGUACAUCAAUGGAAAGACGAGAUGGGGCCAGGAACUCUGCAGUGGGUACUGCCUCUCCCAGCUAGCCCCUCAGACAGUGCUUCGGGGGAUCCAGUAAUUCAAAGACAGGGUGAGCUAACACUUAUCUAAUCCAGGAGUUGUGAGGUCGAAUGCCUUCCUGGGGCAUACAACAUAGAGUAAAUUGAACCCAGUAUAAAAGAAAAAUUGUAGAUAUAUUGAUAAAAGAUAACUGACUUCGUGUCGGGGCAAUAGGGAAUGGUGGGGACUGUGGUGAACUGGAGGGCAUAGGAAUCCAAGGGGGACAGUAGCUGAUCAGCUCUGGGCAAAUGCUGCCAUGUGACUGAUCCUCUACAUCUUUUAAGAGAAGCCAGAAAUCCAAAUUUGUGAAACUUCCAGAAUUGUUAAAUUUGGCUCACAUUUUUAUAAAUGUUGUGCGAACCAAACAAAACACACCCGUGGGCAGUACUCAACCAUGACACUGAUUUAUUAUCAGGAUAAAGACACAAGGAAAGAAGCUGCUUAAUUUUGCAAA